UGUCGUUUGUGUGACAUCAAACUCCUCGUCAGAAGCUUCUUCAGCCUCUAGGCCAUCAUCAUUAGAGUGGUUUGUCAGCUCCAAUUCCAUGUCUGAUGCGCAGCACACAGACCACCUCACACCCUGCGUGACACCUGGGUGGAACAAGGAAUGUUGGAGGAUAGGGAUGACACUAGGAUUUCGUUUGCAUUAUUUGUUAGUCGCUAAUAGGCUUUGCUUUGGCCGGAGCAUACUCUUCCAGUCUCCAAUGAAAAUAGUCUGUAUUUCACACAUUUUCUGUUGCGACCAAUCAGAAUGGACUCUCAAGCAAUCAAGAAGAUAAUUAUUAUAUAUGUAUGGCUUGGACCUCAGUUGUUUUGGAUUCAACACUCAUCAUGGUUCGUCUGAUGCCACCUGCUCUGCUUACUCUCCAAGCGUUCUUCUGUGUCCUCAGGUGUAUCAGCAGCCAGCCUCCUAGAGAUCAGAGGCUCCCGCCGCCACCACCGCCUCCUGGAGAUCCCAACCUCCAGCAAAACUCCAUCACUGGCCACACCACCACAUCAACAUCUUCAUUGACCACUACUUCGACUUCCGAGGCUGUGUCCUCGACUACCCACUCGAUAGUUGCUACUACAGAGUCGACAGAAGGGACUCCUACAGCAGAAACCUAUCCACUGAUGGGACAUUUCUUUCGCUGUCACAUUGAUGAGUGCUUUCGAUGCCAAGAGACUCAACAGUUUACCGGAAGUCACCUUCGAUGCAGUGAGCGUUGUUGCAGGACGCCGACAUGCGCAGCUUACAAUUUCCGGCCUGGCCUGGUGACCUCAUCUGUGUCUGAGUGCACUCUGUGUACCAUCAGACAGAACAUUACAACAGAAGCUGUCGAGAAGUUAGGACCAGGCUGCUAUUUCUGUGAGAAAGUUGUGUCCAUUCCAAUACAGUAACCACAGCCACAACUGAGACAACAUUUGUUGACAUCAGCAGAGCGACAUCUUUGUGGAGGACAUCUGUUUCCACGGCUGACAGGGACACUUGGACCAAACCUAUGUACUUCUUGCUUUGACUGAACCGAGAAUAUCUGUGUCAGGGGAAAAAAUCACGAAAAUAAUGGCACUCGUGUCAGAAAGGUCCUUUGUAUGGUAGCAGUCAGGGUUAACGGUCUGAUCAAUGGGAGUAUUAUUGAUUGUUUGUAUUGAAUUACACUUUUAUAUUAAUGUCUGGUGGUGAAGCAAUUUCACGCUUUCUGUCAAUUCUGUCUCUCUGUCUGCCUCUCUGUCUGUCUGUCUG